AUGGGGAGAUGGAACUCCACCAGUGUGCCUGGCUUCAUCCUCAUGGGGCUGACGGAAUCUGCAGAGACACAGCUGGUCCUCUCCGUGCUCUUCCUCCUGAUUUACCUGAUCACGGUGCUGGGUAACUCAGGGAUGAUAUUGAUCAUCCACCUGGAUCCCCAGCUGCAAACCCCCAUGUACUUUUUCCUCACUCACCUGUCAUUUCUCGACCUCAGCUACUCAAGCGUCAUCUCCCCUAAAACCUUACAGAACUUACUGACUUCCACCAAGAGCAUCUCCUUCCUGGGUUGCUUCACACAGAUGUCCCUCUUUAGCAUUUUUGCUAUUUCAGAAUGUUACCUUCUCUCCUCCAUGGCCUAUGAUCGCUAUGUAGCUAUCUGUAGGCCCCUGCACUAUCCAGUCAUUAUGUCCACAAGAUUGUGCCGUGCCCUGCUCACUGGCUCCUAUAUGAUUGGCCUCGUUGAUUCCACUGUCAAUGCGAUUUCCAUGAGCAGACUGGACUUCUGCAACUCUAAUGUCAUCCAGCACUUCUUUUGUGACACAUCCCCAAUUAUAGCCCUGUCCUGCAGUGACACUUCUGAGAUAGAAAUCAUAAUUUUCAUUUGUGCUGGAUCCAAUUUAGUGCUGUCCCUGAGCACCAUAUCUGGAUCCUAUCUGUUCAUCCUCUCCACAAUCCUGAAAAUUAAUUCCACUGCUGGGAAGAAGAAAGCCUUCUCCACCUGUGCCUCCCACCUCCUGGGAGUCACCAUCUUCUACAGCACUAUGAUCUUUACUUACCUAAAACCGAAGACGUCCUACUCCUUGGGCAGGGAUCAGGUGGCUUCUGUGUUUUACACGAUUGUGAUCCCCAUGCUGAACCCUCUCAUCUACAGUCUCAGAAACAAAGAGGUGAAGAGCGCUGCCCUGAGAGUCCUGCAAAAGAGAGAGGGUUCUAGAAAAUUAAAAUACUAG